AUGUCCUCUUCUCCCUCAUACGACGUCGUCAUCGUUGGUGCCGGUUACUCGGGCAUUUAUCUCCUUCACAGUCUACGCAAACUUGGAUAUAAUUGCCGUGUCUAUGAAUCUGGCACAGACCUUGGUGGCGUCUGGCACUCGAAUAGGUACCCCGGAGCGCGCGUGGACUCCGAAGGAGCUAUCUACCAAUACUCUAUCCCAGAGGCGUGGCAGAAUUGGUCGUUCGAAGAGAAGUUUCCCGCAGCGCAGGAAAUUCGGGACUACUUUACCCAUUUAGAUAAGACUCUGGAUAUCAAGAAAGAUGUCGAGUUUUCCACGACUGUGACUGGCGCGCAGUUUGAUAAGGAUAGGUCAAAGAAGUGGAGGGUUGAAACGCAAGAUGGGCGGGUUACGACCUGUCGGUUUUUGUUGCUCUGCGUCGGGUUUGCUUCGCAGCGGUAUGAACCUAACAUCCCCGGACUGGAAAGCUUCAAGGGAGACGUAUACCAUUCGUCGUCUUGGCCAAAGGAUGGCGUGGACGUUCGUGGGAAGAAGCUUGCUGUCAUUGGGACCGGAGCAUCAGGCGUGCAGAUUAUCCAGGAUCUCGCAAAGAAAGCAGAGUCAAUGGUUGUAUUCCAGCGAACACCCAAUAUCGCACUUCCAAUGCAGCAAAAGACAUUCUCACAGGUGGACAAAGAAGACCUGAAGGCCCGCCAUCCCACUCUUUUUGAAACCUGCAAACAGACCUUUGGCGGGUAUUUAGACGAUGCACGCCCAGAAAAGACCUUUGACAUACCAAUCGAGGAAAGGGAGGCCUACUACGAGUCCCUCAUACAGAAAGGCGGGUUUUCUUUCCUCCUAGGAGCGUUCAGUGACUUUUUAACGGACGCCGAAGCCAACCGCGACGCAUACAAUUACUGGGCAAAGCGAACACGCGCAAGAAUCACCGACCCCAGAAAGAGGGACUUACUCGCCCCCCUCGAACAACCACACCCAGUCGCCGCAAAAAGAUGCUCCCUGGAACACGACUAUUUCGAGCAAUACAACAGACCAAACGUGGAUCUCGUGAACCUCCGCGAUCCAGGGCAAGCCAUUGUCUCGAUAACACCGGAGGGAGUCAAGACCGAAAACGGGACUGUUUACGCCGUCGACGCAAUCGCCCUCGCUACGGGUUUCAACAGUUACACGGGAAGCUUAACUCAGAUUCAAGGGCUCAAGAAUACAUCGGGCACCACACUCGCAGAGGAAUGGAGCCAGGACACCGGCGUCAAAACGUACCUAGGUAUGACGCGGAAGGGGUACCCGAAUAUGUUCCUCGCAUAUGCUGUCCAUGGACCGACGGCGCUGAGUAACGGGCCGACUUCGAUUGAGAUGCAAGGACGGUGGAUUGUGGAUGCAAUUCGGAAGAUUGAUGAGAGCGGCCUGAGUUAUAUUGAGCCGACGGCUGAGGCAGAGGAUGCGUGGAAGGCGCAGAUUAAUGCCAUCGCCGAUAUUACGCUGUUCCCAAAGGCGGAUUCGUGGUAUAUGGGUGCGAAUAUACCGGGGAAGAAGAAGGAAAUGUUGAAUUGGCCUGGGGGUUUGCCCAUGUAUCAGGAGCUUACUUGGAAAGCGUUGGAGGGGUGGGAAGGGUUUGUUACUGUUUAG